AUGCGUCGUCUGCACGGAAUUCUUCCAAUCCUAUUCCUUCUCCUGGCCAUCUAUCAGGUCCUGGGCCAGAAUUCUUGGCCCUCAAGGGAGAGAAGGUGCGUUGCGCGUCAUAAGUGCCGGUAUCAAGUAGAUUUCCGAGCCAUGACUAAAGGAAAUAAUGGGUGCCCUGCCCCGGAAACUUACUGUCAAAAUAUACAUAUACUUAAUGACGUGCCGGAUAUAAGCGUCGAAGAGACGGUAAAUCCCGAAUGCGGACGACCCAACACCAGAGGCGUAACCUUCGAAGUGCCGAACAUGGAUGGCUUUGCCCAGGAGUUCGAGUUUCCAUGGAUGGUGGCCUUGCUCGAUAUAAAAGGAGAAUACUUGGGUGGUGGCGCCAUUAUCUCUCCCGAGGUGGUCAUCACAGCCAACCAUGUAACCAACAACCUAACCGAAGACCAGCUUAUUGUCCGCGCUGGCGAAUGGGACUUAAAAACCAACUCCGAGCAUUUUCCACAUGUUGAUGCUAGAAUCCGGUCGAUCGUUCGUCAUCCUGGCUUCGACAAAUACAACGGGGCCAAUAACGUGGCUCUCUUGUUCCUGCGCACUCCGCUAAAAUUUACCCAACACAUUAAGCUAAUCUGCCUGCCGCCGAAUAAUAGGAAUAUUAGGAACUUGGAUUACUCGCGCUGCAUCCUCAGUGGCUGGGGUAAGAAGUCCUUUAACGACUUCACAGACAUGAACGUCUUGAAGAAGAUGGAGUUACCAAUAGUCCAUAACAAUAAGUGCGAAUAUCAACUUCGUCGAUUCUUCGGAUACACAUUCCAGCUCGACAACAGUCUCUUGUGCGCAAGCGGGGAGCUUGGAAAGGACACGUGCGGGUCUGAUGGUGGCUCUCCGCUGGCUUGUUCCCUGCGAGAAGAUCCCCAAAGGUAUGAGCUGGCCGGCAUUGUUAACUUUCGCGUUCUGUGCGGAAAGCAGGACGUCCCGACGGUUUAUACCAAUGUGGGAAAAAUUCGAGAUUGGAUUAUCAUUGAGACUAACAAAAAUUUGAACGUUUCCGCCCGCACAUCGUGAUCUCCUGUUUGAGUUUCCCGGGACAACCAACCGCACCGCAAAACCCCAUAUAUCAAUAUAGUUUUCCCAAAUCAACCUCAUGUUGAAGAGCCAGAUUUUAGCUGUGAUGGAUUUUCUGGUAUAUCUAAAGAUUUCGACUAU